AAUACUACUGCUUAUCAUGAUCAUAAUUAUGGAGCUUGACCUAAAAAUCUUUUUAAUUGGGUUUGGGCACAGUGUCAUCGUGUUGAUAAUGAAUUUUCAUUGGUUUUAGGUAGCUAUCAUAUACCUACAGCAAUCGAAGAUGAUUACAUUUGAUAUAUAUUUAUUGGUUGGAAAGAUCAACGAAUUGAAACUGGAACUCUAUGUGGAAAUCGAUAUCAUUUGAAAUUACUAGAAUGUCAAAUUGUCGAUAGUAAAAUAUAUUCUAUUCAUACUAAAAUUGAAGCAUGGAAUCAACAAUAUAAAAUUGAUAUCGAAUACAAAGCACUAGUAAACAAUGAUAAUCCAGGUGGUCGUGGUUUAGGUUUAAAAGUUUUUGAACAAAUUUCUCACUACGAAGCUGUUUUAUAUGGUAAAUAG